AUGGCAAACACGGCGGCCGGUCGCCGUCCAGCAAAUCACAACCCCCCUCCCCCACCCCACGGCUCCGUCCAAACGAUAACACUCUACACCACCGGAGCAGCACCGCCAAACGCCUCGUCCACGAAACACCCCGUCUUCACCAGCCAAGGCCCGAUCGGCCACUCCGGCAGCAGCUGGCUGCGCGCCAUGACGCGGCCGGCGGCGCUCCGGCCGGGCACGGUGACCGUCGUCGACGAGCAGUUCCACGGCAAGAGGGAGUCCGGGCCGCCCUUGGCUGGGAGGCUGCGGGGCGUUCUUGUCGCCGGCUUGGAUGACGGCGGCAGCCAUGUGGUGGCGGUGAAGGCCGUGUUCGCUGGCGAUGCUGCAGAGGAUAGCAUCAGGUUCUUCGGGGUACAUCGGGAUGGCCAGGAGGAGUCUCGUGUCGCGGUGGUCGGAGGGACGGGCAGGUACGAUGGCGCCACCGGUUUUGCUGUUGUCGGAGCUGCGGGUGUACCUGAAAGGAAUGGAAACGUCAGCAGGGCUCUGAGCUUCAGUGUUCAUCUGAAGUGA